UUUUCAUACUGUUACAACAUGACCUUCACGGCUAUUGGAUAGUGUUUAGCCGAGCGCUGUUUGAAAACUUUGUUCCGAUCGUGUUGUAGCUAAUCGUCUAGUGCCAAUACAGUAAGUAUGGAUCACAAUACUUUGCAGAGUAUAUUCAGAAGAGUUGACAAGGAUGGGAGUGGAAGUAUUUCUGCUAUGGAGUUGCAGUCCAGUCUCUCAAACGGUUUAGGAACUUCAUUCAACAUUAGAACAAUACAAUUAAUGAUUGCCAUGUUUGAUCGUGAUAUGAAUGGUACGAUUGGUUUCAAUGAAUUUUGUAAUCUAUUCAAAUAUGUACAAGAUUGGCAACGUUGUUUUCGACAAUUCGAUCGAGAUAAUUCUGGUUCCAUUGAUCAUGCAGAAUUUAGUAAUGCGUUAAGACUUUUCGGCUAUCGUUUAUCAUCAGAAUUUAUCAAUCUUAUGAUAAGUCGUUUUGAUCGUAAUCGUCGAGGAUCGAUUGCAUUCGAUGAUUUUAUUUAUGCAUGUGUCUGUUUACAGAUGCUCACUGGAGCAUUCAGGCAACGUGACUAUCAAAUGAUUGGUCUGGCACAAUUUUCAUUUGAACAAUUUCUUACAGCAGCAUUUUCAGUUGUUAUAUAAUAAAAUAAACUUGCAAUUUCAAAAUGAGAAUAAUGGUAUCAAAACAUUUUAUUCUACAAAUCACAAUUGAAUUUUGUUGAUUGUUUUUUUUUUUGAUAUUUUCAUUUUCUUUAUUAUGAUAAUCAGAUUUUGCCAAAAUAACAAAAAAAAGAAUUGUUUCUAA